UGUGAUGACAUCACUAGUCUCAUAUAAAAGCUAAACAAGUGUUACUUCUCUAUGGCAGUGUGUGAGGAAAGUAGGAAGGGUCAGUGGUAUCUAAUAUCAUCAUGUCUAUAGACGAAAAAAAAACAAAUGCUGCUUUCCUAGAGACUGUUGAUCAGGAGCAUCAGAGUGUAGUGAGUAGGGUGGCCAAUCUGCCACUAGUCAGCUCUACCUAUGACAAGGUUUCUACUACUUACACUGCCACUAAAGAAGACCAUUCACUCAUCAAGUCAGUCUGUGGUGUUGCAGAGAUGGGAGCCAAGACAAUUGCUACUGCUGCAGUUGGUGGUGCACAACCAGUUCUGACCACACUUGAACCUCAGAUUGCAGCAGUAAACAAAUAUGCCUCCAAAGGACUGGACAAACUGGAGGAGAAAAUGCCAAUUCUUCAACAGCCAGCUGAUAAGGUGAUCUCAGACACGAAGGAGCUAGUAUCUUCCACAGUAACAGGCACCAAGGAUGCAGUUGUCAGUGCUGUCACAGAAGCAAAGGAUGUGGUAACUGGAAUGAUGGGCAAAACAAAAGAGACUAUGCAGGGUAGUAUGGAUGCCACCAGAUCUGUAAUGACUAGCAGUAUGAGUGCUGUCAUGGAAUCAAGUGUGGGGCAGAAGGUUGUGAGCAAUGACACAUUGCUGGGGAAAUCAGAGGAACUGGUGGACUUCUACCUCCCAGUAACAGAUGAAGAAUUAGUUAAACUUGCAACAUCUCUGGAGGGGUUUGAAGAGGCCUCUGCAGAGCAGCAGAGACAGCCAAAGAGUUACUAUGUGCGUUUGGGUUCCCUUUCAACCAAACUCCGCCAACGAGCUUACCAGCAUUCCCUGGGCAAGGUGAAACAAGUUGGACAAAGCACAAAGGAGGCCCUCUUCCAACUUCAGCAAAAUGAUCUGAUUGACUAUGCUAAAGAGGCUGUGGGUCAGAAGCUUCAUGAUGGCCAGGAGAAGCUGAAUCAAAUGUGGCAUGAGUGGAGCAGUAGGGAGCUUGGAGCAACUGAGGACACAGAUUCUGCACAGCCAGAGUUGAUUGAGACUCAGACACUGGCUGUGUCCCGUAGCAUCAUCCAUCAUUUGCAGGCCAUCUGUCUCACCCUAGUAUCCAGCAUCCGGGGCCUCCCAGCCAAUAUGCAGGACCAGGUCCAGCAGAUCCUAAGUGGCCUAGAAGACCUCCAUGCUUCCUUCUCUACUGCUGCUUCCUUCCAGGAUCUCUCCAGCAGUAUCCUCUCCCAGAGCAGAGAGAUGGUGACCAAAGCACGGGAGUCUCUGGAUGAGCUCCUGGAGUAUAUGGUGCACAACAUUCCCCUCACAUGGAUUGUGGGACCCUUUGCUUCAUCUGGAGACUCUGCAGUGGAUGACAAAGUGGAGGAGGACUAGACAACAAUCCUAGUCUCCUCUAGACAAAGGAGGACAACAGAAGCUCUGAAUUCUGCUUGUAAAGGACAUGGUCUUCAGCCUAUGUUUUGAUACCCUACAGCAAAUAUAAACCUGUUGCCUUUACCUUGCAAGCAACUGACCUCCAUACAGCUUCUCUUGACCAAUGGGCAUAGAAUUCCUUUCUCUCUAAAAUACUGAGACUAUUUCUAUGUUUGCAAUCUUAAAUCAAUUGUUGGCUUGUACUCCUGCAUGCAAACAGUCUCUGAUCCAGUCUAGAUGCUCAAAGCAAAUUCCAGCAUUGUAACCCUAAUGCCCAAAAGUCAGUCAGUCAAGCUGAUUACUGCAGUCUCUGGUAAAGAGCAAACUCAGGUUGCCUUCUUGUAUUGGGGGAAAAAAACCCUCUAGCUGUAGAGACUUAACUCAUUUUGUAAGUUUUUUUUGUAUUAACAAUAGCUGUCAAUCUACUAGACCCUAAAUACAAAAAGGAGUAGACUUGAUCUCUGUACCAACUGUCUUGUUGCCUCACUUUCUUUAAGCAGAACCUAUCCUUUCCCUUUAUGUGCCACUGCUCUGAGUCAAAUAUUGUACAAAAUAAAUACUACCUGCAUUCUCAAA